GCGUGGCUCAGUCACAUGUACAGACGGUGUCACUCAGCCCUCACACACCAGGCCUAUUGUCAGAGCAUCAUUGAAAGAGCUGACGUCAGGGGCUGUGCAAGGAGGGAAGAGGACCAGGCACGGGUCACUGUUGAGUGGGAAAGAGUUGGCAGCAGAGAACAUCAACAACACAACAUUAAAAUGAGCGACAACGCUGUGAAGUUUGGUGAGGCUCUGCUGGGUGUUUUAUUGCUUGUGACUUUCUCCUCAUCCACACAAGUGGGUCUGAGCGACAAAGUCCUGGUCUUCCCCUAUGAGACGGACUUCAGCUACGUGGCCUUGAUCCCGCAGAAGGAGAUGGGGCUGAAGGCCUUCACCCUCUGCAUGCGUGUGGCCACCGAGCUGCCGGAGGAGCGCCAGAUCAUCCUGUUCGCCUACCGCACAGCCGACUACGAUGAACUCAACGUGUGGCGCGAGAAGGACGGCCGCAUCUCCUUUUACCUGAGCGGCGACGGCGUCUUCUUUCACCUGCCCCCACUCACCACCUUCCGCACCAGCCUCUGCCUCACCUGGGAGUCGCGCACCGGCCUCGCCGCCUUUUGGGUGGACGGGAAGCGUAGCACCUACCAGGUCUACAAACCCGGCCACACCAUCCGUCCGAAGGGCACCGUCCUCCUGGGGCAAGAUCCAGACAAACACCUGGGAGGCUUGGAGGCCACGCAGAGCUUUGUGGGGGAAAUGACGGAUCUGAAUAUGUGGGACUAUGUGCUCUCCAGGAGCAUGAUCCAGGGCUGGCACUACGGACACAAAGUCCCCAAAGGGAAUAUCUUCGACUGGGCCACCAUGGAGUACGAGGUGACCGGGAACGUGAUGGUGGUGGAUGAUGACUGACUCAAUUUGAAGUCCAGAGCAGAGACGGAUGAGGCUUUGGAGGUCGGUGUGGGACUUGCGUGUCUUCUUUUCCUUCUUAGAUUUAGUGUUUUAUUUUGUGACCAUUUAACUAUUCUGACGUGAAGUUCUUCACAUUAACAUUACAUUAAAAACAAGGUAAAUCUCAAACUCAAGAGUUGAUGUUGCCAGAUAUGUCCAUAAGGGGGCACUCUAUGCCAGUUCACACCAUUACAGCAAGCUGUCUAAAAUUAAGCAUCAGCUAUAUAUCAUCAUUUUUUUAAAUUAAUAAAAUCCAGAUUUAUUUAAAUGUGUCAAUCUUAGUUUUGUUUGCAUAUUUCAAAGAGAAGUGCCAAAUGACCAUAAUGCUUUCAGCAGCCGUUAAUAAUAUAGAAUUUAAACUCAAAGCUGCAAUGCAACUUCAAGUUAAGACAAUUAUUUACAAAUAAAGAUGUGUAUCUGCAGAAUUAAACACGCUGUAAGAAAAACACAUUUGUCAGUCUGUAACGUUGAGGUUAAAACCAUGGAGGAGAUACUGGAACAGCGAGCAGAGGCAGGUAUUAUUUCUGCAGGAGACCAAAUGAUUUAAAGCACACCGAGAGACAAAUAGCAAUCACUGUGUUUGAAAUCCGUUACGUUGCCUUUGGUUAGCGCGCUCACUCAUGAAUUUUCCAUGUUUCAGCUGAUGUAAGAGCGCUUUUGGGUCUGAAAUAAAAGGCAUGCCGUGUGCAUAACUAAUAAUGUUUGUUAUUAAAGAGAGUGCUCCAUCUUUGAACUCUG